AUGCUGCUAAUAACGAACCCUUCGAUUCUAUGGAGUGGUUUACUACAAUCAGACAAUGACGUCGCGGAAAAGAAGAAUAGCAAUGGAGGACUAGUGUCUCUUCUUAUUCAGAAGAAUCAGUUAGAUGGCCCCAUUCUAGAAAUCGCCUAUACCGCACGAACGAUUCCUCAGUCCUCAGCCCUCGCAGAAUCACCCCCUCACACGCCAAUAAACUCGGUUCCGAACUGGCAUUCAGGGAACCAAAACGGUAGUUAA